ACUUGACUUGAAAAAUCCUCGAUUCGUUUUCUUACCUUGUUCAAGGAGGCGGAGUUGUUGCGAUCAUCGAUAACCACUGGUUAGGAAGCGUUGUAUAGUUUUGCGAGCGGGAGGUCCCUAUUGUCUACGAACGGAGCAGUCUGCAACAGGUGGUCCUUCCACGUCCGUCAAAUUCCGUAAAAUCAUGUCUUGCGGACGUUUUAAACGAGCGGCCCAUUUGGCCGUUUUCCUCUUGGUGCUUUCGAUGACCAGAGCCGAAAUAGGAGAAUCCAACGAGCCUCAAGAUAAUCAAAAUGGCCGUCUUUAUUUCAACAACCAGAACAGCACGUUGAUUCCUCUAGGAUCAGGUGGUGCCAUGUUGGUCUCGACGGUGGGCAUCGUAGCUCUCGUCAUCGGGGCUAUAGUCCUCAUCUCCUUGAUUUUCAAUCAUCACGGAUUGAAGACGGGAGGCAACCUGUUUUCACCUUGGUUGACUCAAUCCGGUUAUCCAGCGGGAAGCUACCAGCAGAGCCAAUAUUACACGCAGCCGCAGGCACAUCAAUACGUCUACGAACCUUAUUCAAAGUUGGGCUAUCAGAGUCAGCCAGUAGCGCGAUCGAGCGACUCACCAAUGGACUGGGACAGCCUCAAAAUUAUUGACUACAUCUCCAUGAUGGAAGAGAUGUGGCGUAAAUUGGACGUCCACGAUCCCAACUGCCAGAAACGCAUCCUCUGCGAAAUCCACCAGAACGAGAAAGCUCUAGGUCCUGCUGCUUCCAAAAUCGUCAACGCAUUCGGGUAUGCUCGCUACCUGUCCGUGUUUAACAUACCGGAUGCAAUGAAGAACAUGAUCGACGACUACCAGGAUGCUGCUGACAAGGGACGCUCUCUACACGACAAGGAAUGCAAAGACGUGUUUGAUACGUGCGAGUUCAGCGUCAAGGAGACGUUCCUCAAGAAACUCAAAAGCCACAGCGAAUAGCCAGUUCAUUUAAUUUCUAUAUGUAAAACAGCAUCGAUCACGUCGCACGCAUAGCAACACGCG